AUGGAACAGGCGACUCCCAGGGAGAGGAGCCCCGGAAUGGAGGUCAACAGCGCCGUCAUAAGGACAGUGGGGGGGCAAGGACAAAGCGUGGGAUUUGCUGAACACCUCCCCAAGGUCGUGGUACUCCUGCGCCUGGGUCUCGAUUGGGGGGUCAAGAGGAACAGUGUCGAUCUUCAAUCGAAGGACCAACUCCCGAUCAAUAAGACUCUCAUCAGCCCGGGAGUCCAGGAGGAUAGAGAGCGGGAGGGUUUGGUCCUGCCACAGGAGGACAGCUUCCAGGAGGGGACGGGAGACCGAGGGGUUAUGGAAACGGCUCGCCAGGAUCCCUCGGUUUCAGCUGCUCUCUGCGGGGUGCUCGCGGUGCUCGUGGUGCCCAAGGUCACGGUGCCGGGCCGCGGGGUGCCGGGGCCCGGGCACGGUGGGAGACGUGGCGGCCGGGAGUGCCCGGGCCGCAGUCACGCUCCUCAGCUCAGCAUUGACCUCUCCUCCUCUUCGUUGAUUCUCAGCAUGGCAAACGACGCCCCUCGUAUGUGGUCGUCGGGGCUUUAUCACCAAGACAUCACGUGUCAGGGUUAUACCAAGGCCGUCAUGACACAGGAAAAUACCCCGGUGGGAUCCCAGAUUGUGUACGACGGUGCAAAAGGAAACACAAGUGUGACGUCAGACAUUUUUGACACCUUAGCAAAGAAGAAUCCGUUCUCGAGCAAACCCUGGGAUACCUGCUCUGUUGUUGGCAAUGGAGGGAUUUUGUCCAACAGCACCUGUGGAGAGAUGAUAGAUUCAGCCCAGUUCGUCAUCAGGUGUAACCUACCUCCUGUGGAGAGCAGCCACCUCAAGGAUGUAGGCAAGAAGACAGGCCUUGUGACGGCCAAUCCAAGCAUCCUUAAUCAGAAAUUCAGUGGUCUACUGGAUCGCCGACGUCCCUUCGUCGAUAGCAUGAGUCACUACAAGGAUGCUCUGAUACUCCUGCCAGCGUUCACACUCUCCAAAAACAUCCAGCCUUCCCUGAGGGUCGUCUACACCAUCGAGGAGUCAUUGAGCCCAAUCAGGCCGGUGUUCCUCAACCCAGAGUACAUUCGGAACCUGCACAGCUUCUGGAGCUCCAAGGGCCUGAAUAAGCGUCUGAGCUCUGGCUUCAUGGUGGCCAGCCUGGCACUGGAACUUUGCACCAAUGUACACCUAUAUGGGUUCUGGCCCUUUGACCAACACCCGCUAUUACAGCAGCCCCUCAACAACCACUACUAUGACAACAUACAGAGUAAGAAGAAGGUUCAUGCAAUGCCUGACGAGUUUGACCAUUUGUUAAGGUUACACGAGCAGGGCGUACUCAAAAUACACCUGGGGGAGUGUGUGUAGAGUCAAUGUCUUGCCUCCAUUAUUCUCAAAGAUGGCAAUAUGUGUUUUGAGUAAAUUGAUCCAUAAUUGAUCCAUUCUGUAUCGAUGCCAAGCCACCACCAUUUACAGUUAAAUAAUAGGGUCAACU